UAUUAACAUUAUUGGCUAUACCAGCCAAUAAGUGAACAUGCGUGUCCCUUCGUUACCUUUACUCCUCCUCUACCCGCAAAAUUCAUAAGUAAAUCCCAGAAAAAGUAGUCCCGGAAACAGGCAAAGACACGCUCUAGAUUCUGUUUCAAGAAUUAGAGAGAGAAAAUUCAGUUUCGGUUUCCAUUGAGCCAUGUGUUGUGAAGGAGAUUGCAGGCCUUUAGGCUUCCUUUUAGGCCUUCCCUUUGCCCUUCUUUCCCUUGUCAUCUCCCUCGUCGGAAUCGUUGUUUGGAUCGUUGGGUUGUUGUUGAGUUGCAUAUGCCCGUGUUGCCUUUGCGUGACGGUGUUGGUGGAGCUGGCGCUGGAGCUGAUCAAAGCCCCAAUUCAUGUCAUGGAGUGGUUUACUUCUCAAAUCCCUUGUUAACAAUUUGGGUAUUUUCUUGAUUUUGAUUCUAUAAUUUUGUAAUUGGGGUAAUCUGGGCACUUGUUGUUGGACUUUCUGGUUUGAUUCUGCUGUAGAUUGAAGUACCCAUGUAAUUCCUGGAUGGAUCAUGCUUAUUCGAUUUCUACCUCCAUGUUUUUAGUGAAUGAUAAAAGAAAAUAAAGGCCCUUAUUCGACUUCUGCAUUUGUUUUUAGACUUUUGUGUGAAGUAUAUCAUCUCAAACUUUGAAGAGCUAGAUUUGUUUUGUAAAGCCACUGUUAAUGAAUUACAGAGAACAUAUCAA